UUAAUAUGAUAAUAUGGAUGAUAGUCAACAAUUAUUUCUCAUUGAAUUUUUGGUAGACAGAAUUAACAUUCCAGCUAUUCGAGCUAUACAUCAAGAAAUGUUACCAGUGACAACUUGCGUUUCUUUCCAGGUCCUUGGUUUACCACCUAUCAAUAUUCACGAAGAAGCAUCUGUAGAAAAAUGUUCUUGCCUUAGCGGUGAUGUUCAAGUAUUUAAAAAAGGAAAGUCAUGUCUUUUUGCCCUACCCAAUAAUGUUCUUCGAAAACCAAUUCAUAGUUUUCCUGUAACCAUGUCUGUUUAUAAAAAACUUCCACCCGGAGUAUUACCAGAUGUAAUGUUAAUUGGCACUCAUCAGAUACAAUUAAGAAAUCUGAUAAAUGAUUUACUCAGUCAGCGUAUAUUUAAAAAUGGCAACCCAUGCAGAUCGUUAAAAAGUACUUUCAGGAUUACAACAGCGACGGGACAAGGUGUCGGCGAAGCCACCGUCUUUAUACGUGUAUCCUGUUUUGGAAAAAAAAUAGUUACUCAAUUCCAAAUCCCUCAUAAUAAAAAACCUUACUUAUUCAAAGGAACCAAGGAUAGUCCAGUAUUUCAAUGUAAAAGAAUACCUUCAGACAUAUUUUUACCAGAACCUGUACGAUGCAAUUGUCCUGUAAAAAAAAGUCCAGAUGGCAGCGGCGAAGGAAAAACUUGUUGUCUUUCCAAGACAAGUCCUGAAACUAAAUCUGGUAUGGAUAAGUGUAAACAAGCACAUUGUGAACCGCUACCUUGUUGUUUAUCCAGUAAACAACCUAUUUCCAAUUGUCUUGACUCACAAUCAAACCAACAACAACAACAAUGUCAGCCAGAAUAUCUUAACUCUAAAAAUGAUUCUCUUCAGACACCAUAUGCACCUUCUUGUAUGCAAACAGUAAAACCUGCUUUAACUUGCAGUCAUCCUGCCGCUGCAAAUACUUGUCUCUCCUGUUGUUCACCUCAACCGAUUAAAGACAUCACCUGUGCUCCCUGUUGUGGCACAAAAGGAACUACUUUUGAUGAACUUUUUAAAGAAAAACCUGUAAGAAAAUGUGGAUGCAUUAUCAAAGAACAACCAACUUGUAACUGUAAACAGACCUGUUUUUAGAGACAUUAUA